UCGACUGGACUUCUUGUACCUCUUAUAUAUAGUGAAAGGCUUUUUGGGUUGUUUGUUGUUUCUUGCCUGCAAGAUUUAAUUUAUGCAUUGCUUUUUUUUUUUUUUUUGGUAAGGUCAGGAAAAGUACAAAAGAUUUAAUUAUUGUCUGAAAAUCAACAUUUUGCUCCUUAAGUGUAAUCAAUAUAGAUAUAUUAAUAUUUUUUUUAUUAACUUGUAACUUUGACACUGUUCAACCAAUUGACAGUUCAAAUAAAAAAUGCAUUGUAAAAAUAUAGGGAGCUAUUUCAGAUUAUUUAUUUAUCAUGUAUUUUUCCACGUGUAUUCAUUUUUUUUUUUUUUUUGUUCUUUCUUUUUUUCCUAAAUUUAGUCUUUACUUUAUAGCUGUGGCUCCCCUGUAAUUCCAUUCAACAUUGUGAACUUUUGAACUUUUCAGUAGCUCCCCAUUUGUCGCUCAAACCACUCAGUCCGCCGGAAAUCAACGACGUGAGCCGAAGCCUUCCGACAGCAACGUCACCAUAUCUCGUUCUUUCGUUUUUCGACUGCUGCGUGCGAAGAGAGAGAGAAAGAGAGCGAGGAAAAACGGCUCUCUGCAAAGCAACAAGAAGGAAGAGCAAUGGCGACACUGGAUCGCCAAAUACCAAGUCCGGAUACCUUCUUGUGCGAGCCUUGGUCUUCCUUCGUCAGUGCGACUAAAUUACAUUUUGUUGAUAGUAAGUUGGCGCCUCGGUGGUGUGGCCGUUUAGCAGACAAACUGUAAGGGAGUGCGUGGUCCAACUGUCUGUGAUUGAGUUGAGAAAGCUCCUCCACCAUUCAGGGUCUGUCAAAGCUCAGCAAAGUAACUGUCAGAAUUACUACAAAAUGCUGUAUUAAUAGCUUGCUUUGACAGCAGUGCACAUGCGCGUAAACAAAGCUAAAGCGUUUCGGUGCAGUUUGUGCCUCUGACGCGCUCGGUCAUGACGUGCUGAACUGUCCAGCUGUAAGUUUGUUAGCUUUGACAGAUCUACUUGGUGUGAGGAAGCUCAGCUCAGGCUGGCGCUAGCAGGCUAAUGCUAACCUGAUAGCCAAGCCUCGGGAGCUGCAGGGCUUUCCACGCAUGGCCCCCUAAAGUUUGUUGCGAACGCUGCCGUGUGUUUGUAAGCGGAUGUUUUCUUUACGCAGACGCAGUCUCGUCUUCGGAUAAGGGCGACACGGACUCUUGCUGCCCCGCUGAAGCCGCGAAACUCGGCAGAAACGAGAUGCUUGUAUGCACCCAUUUCCCAGCUUUGGAGGAUUUUUGUCUCGUUGUCUGCCAUGUCUGCAGUAAGGUGGUGACUCCUCAGGGCAUCCUCACACAUUACGGUAGCUGGGAUAUAGUUUCCCUGUGAGACAGACAGAGAGACAGUCCUGGACCACACACCCCCAACCCCCUACCCACCCUGCUCCCACAAAGACAUGCAUAGCAAAAACCAGAAGCGGCACAGCUCCCCAGAUCCCUCCAGGAGCCCUGUGGUUCCAAUGAAGCCCAAAGCACCGGCAGUGGCCCCCACUGUGGCUCCCAGCCCAGGGGACACGCUGGCCUUCAGGGUACCUAAAGAUUACCCUCACUCCCGCUUCAGCAAGGCGCCGCUUGCUGUCUACCCACCAAAGGGGGCGAGGAACAAGACAUGCGUAUCAUUACCAGUCGUGAGCUUGGAGAAGAUUCCCUGUUUGAACCGAGCUGACUCUGCAGCGCAUGUGCGCCUCAACUCUUCUUCAUCCUCAUCCACCCUCUCUCCAGUCAAAUCUUCCUCCUUCGCCUCACCAGCCUCCCAGCGCUCCAGCGAAAAGCUCACCAACGGGCGUGGCAGCAGCGGCCCCCCCACGCCACGCUCCAUCACGCCUCCUUCCUCCCUGGAUAGGCGACUGAGCCCGGCGCGAUCCCCCUUAGACAGACGGGCAUCGCUGACACCGUCUCCCUCCCCAGUGGACAGGAAGCCCUCGCCCUCUCACAGGUCCGUUGCUCUGUCAGCAUUGUCGUCGCUCUCGCCCAUGGAGAAGAAGCAACAAAAUGGGACUAAGACCCCCUCUAGGUCGCACAAGAGAGUCUCAGGGAGAGUCUUUGAUCCUGACAAGCACUGCGGAGUGCCCGACCCUGAGACCAAGCGGUCCUGCACACGCUCUCUCACCUGCAAGACUCACUCCUUAACCCAGCGCCGCUCAGUCCCCGGCCGAAGCAGACUUUUUGACGUCCUGCUGGCUGAGCACAAGGGGCUGGCAAAGGAGAGGGAGGCUUUGAAGGAGAAGGAGAAGGAAGCAGCGCAGAGAGGGAAGGAAGCAUGCAGUCAGAGUAUCGCUUCUCAAGAAACGUCGAGUCCCAGCAAACUCCACUGCCCCAGUGAACGACCACUCUCCUCAUUGAAGCUGCGGCUUACGAAUGCAUACGUACCAAGAGUUCCAGGUAGCUCCUCCUCUAUUUCUACUUCCAGUCCUCUGCCUCCAGCAGCGCCUCCUGCCGUAGUCCCAGUCCCCGAGCCGUCUUCUUAUAGCUGGAUGAACGCACCAGAGGACAGCAGCCGACUUUCCAGCGAUGAGGGAGACACGGAAACUCCGGAUGACACUGACAGACCUUCCUUGCACUACUCCAGUCAUCAUCCACGGCCUUUAGGGGUUUGCCUCUUCAGCCGCCGGCUCAUGGGAUCGGGCUACUAUGUGUUCGACAGGCGAUGGGACAUGAUGAGGCUGGCGCUGCAGAGCAUGGUGGAGAAACAUCUAAACGCACAGAUGUGGAGGAAGGUGCCUCUGGCCGCUGAGAGCCUGCCCUCCCUCUCCACGUCUGGUACCUCCUUGGUUACCGCACAGCGGACUCCUUCUCCCACCUCCAUCGCCUCUCCUGUCUCUUCUUCCCCUUCUAACACCUACACCGCCACCUUCCCUCAAUCCGCAUCAGCAGCCGGAGUGUUCAACGUCAGAGAUUCCCCGCAGCCCCACGGCCCGGCUUUCACGCAGGGAAAAGCCCGCAAUGGCUCGCACAAAGCCAGCCGCCCAUCCAAAGACACGGAUGUCCCCGUAGUGGGCCCAAAAAAGAGAAAGAACUCUUCCCACUCUUCUCCCUCCUUGUCAUCUUCCUCAUUUCAGGCAGUGGACGUCCACAAAAGGAAUGGCAGCAAUUUUUACCCUACCUUACAAGGCUACGGGGUGUCCAGGGCUUCCCCAGCCAAAAAUAAGGGACCUCGAGGGGGAAGUGGUCUUCUUAGCAGCUCAGAUGACUGUCUGUCCAGAGCAGAUGGGUCACAAAGCCACAAAACACAGAACUGUCGUGAACUUGGCACCAGCAGUAUAACCUACCCAGCCAGGGAACCAGCCUCAGCCCCACACCAGCCCAUGGCUCCCCCCACAGGACCCUUAGCUUAUGGCGGAGGAGCAGAGGGGAGGAAGAGGAGGAGUCCCAGCUCCUACAAAGGGAAAGCCAACAAACCGAGCAGGCCGGGCAGACUGGAGAGCCUCUUUGGGAAAGGAAACGAGGGCGGGGGAAUCUUUUCGUCGGGGCCCGAGUCGUCCAGACAGGCCAAGUUGAAUCACUGACAGAAACCUGUUAUACGGACAAAACGUUGGGCAGCUGUUCAGGCCACCACCAUUUGUGACCUUUGACUUCACCACUCUUCCAGUGACUGCACCAAUCAGGCUGCUUCAUCUCACAACGUCGCCCCUCUUUAACCAAGGACACUUUAGUUUACCCAGUGUGAUAUAGGGGGCUCCUUCCCUCCACUCCCUGUCCCUCAGAGUGGAUCCUUCAGUCAGGAAGUUCCCCUGACUCACUAUGGUUGUGGUUUUUACAGAACAAGAUUAUCUAAAAAAAAACAACAAAAACUGUUGUUUGUAAAGGGAAUUUGCCAACGUUGUUGACAACACCACCACUGUAGAAUUUCUGGAGAACCACGAGUUUCGGGAUCCAGUCUGCUGGCAAGGAAAGACAUCUGUGAUUCUUUUCCAGGACCAUCUGACACACCUUACUGUGGGCUUUAGCUAUGCCACUUUGUUGCUCCUCCUAACCAUUUCUAUUCUGGCUCUCUUUGUCAUUUAGCCCUUUUUAGUGUAAGAGAGGAGCGAUAGCAGCAGGUUUGGCUGGGUUUUAGCCAGUUUUCUCCCCUUUCUUUGUCCCUUUGUGUACCCAGCAGCUUUGUCCAUUUCCCUCCGUUUCUGCCCCAGCAUGCCUGUGUUCAAAGUGCACUUACUC